CACACGUGAUUUCCGUAGCAAAAUGGCGGAUGACCAAAAUGUUGGUCUGCAAGAUGAAAACACGGGACAUUUCGGCAACGUUGAUCUCGCUGGCGAUGGCAAUGGCUUUGAGGUGUUUCAAGAUGGACAGUUGUCAUAUGUAGGACAUGAUGUGGCAGCAGUACCACGGAAGUUGAUAGAAGAUUACUCAAAAGUUACUCGAAGAUUAGAUCUGAGUUACAAUCAAAUUAGCUGCCUGGAUGGUUUAGAAGAAUUCUGUCAUCUAGAGGAGCUAGUCCUGGACAACAACCCGAUUACAGAUGGUGUGAAGUUCCCAGAACUGCCCACCCUACACACGCUCACCAUCAACAAAAACAAGUUGACAGAUAUAGACCACUUGUUGAACGAGGUAAAGACAAAGUUCCCGUUGCUGACCUACCUCAGUCUUCUUGGCAACGCUGCCUGUCCCAACCAGCUGUCUGCACACGACAAAGAUGAUGAGGACUAUUCACGCUACAGAAACUAUGUUCUGUAUCAGUUACCGACGUUAAAGUUCCUCGAUUCUAAGAAUGUAACUGCAGAAGAUCUGAGUGAAGCCAAGCGUGUGGGACCUUUUAUGCAUGUAGUAAAAGGGCCAAUAGAUGAAUCUACAGUGCCUGAAGAGUCUCCACCCUCCUCCCCCAGUCCAUACACACCACUUCCAGAGGGGUCUCGCACCCCAGAUGAACAUCUUGGGACAUUUGGCAAGAGCAAGUAUGUGUACUACGGCAAGCAUUCCGAGGGCAAUCGCUUCAUACGAAACAAUGAUCUCUAACUCAGCCAGCAAAACUGACUCCACUGUUGCAGUACAGUAGUAUUCUUUGUAUGAGGAAUUGAAUGUGAUAUAUGACACAGUGCAUUUUACAGCUCUCUUAAUCCUCAUCGCUACUAGACUCCUCAAGCUAAAUGCAGAAAGAGAUUGUAUACUUUUACAUGUAGAUUCUUAUCAUGUUUGCUUUAUUUUAGAUAUCCAAAAUUGAAUAAACUUAAGUGUAUAUAAAUCAUGUAAAGAUUUUUUGGAUUUUGUUAUGUGCACAUUAUGAAGUUACAUAUUAUGCGCUUUUACUUUCAUGCUUGUUAUCCCCCGCCAUAGGCGGAGGGAUAUUGUUUUGGCGUUAUCCGUCUUUCCGUCCGUCCGUCUUUCCGUCCAUCCGUCCGGAGCCAUAUCUUGGAAGUGCUUUGGCAGAUUUCAUUGAAACGUGGUAUGAGUAUAUAUAUGGAUAAGAGGAUGAUGCAUCAUGGUGGUCAUGACCAAUGCAAUAAUAAAUAAUGCUCAAAAACACCUAAAAAAACUUCAAAAUUGAUUAAAAUUGGAAUUAAGUUGAAAAUCUGUAUACAGUUAUGAACUGCGAUAUGAACUGAGUCCAUGGUGGUAGUGUAUAGCAGUUCAUUUUUAUAUUAUAAUGCCUUCACAAUCAACAUAAUGCCUUCACAGUAAACUAAUAUAAUAAUUAUAAUGUAUGGCUGUAUUUGUGCUCAAAUCUUGUGAUUUGGGCUUCAAUCUGCAAAAUUACACUUAUUGGUAUUCUAAUUCGAAUACAUUCAAGAAAUGUGAGUCUGUCAAUUAGAAAACCAAAAUAGACCACACCAAGAUUAUUACAAACAAGCAAAUUCGUUGAAUUGAUAUCCCCCGCCAAUAUGCUUCUGGACACAAAAGUGUUAUAUUUGACACUCAAAAAAGCAUUUUUUCAAGAUACAAAGGGCCAUAACUCCGUUAUUAACAGAUGGUGUACAAUGCCAUUUGGCGUGCAUCAUCCUCUUAUCCAUAUAUAUACUCAUACCAAGUUUCAAAGAAAUCGGCCAAAGCACUUCCAAGAUAUGGCUCCGGACACAAAAGUGCCAGACGAACGGACGGAAAGACGGACAACGCCAAAACAAUAUCCCUCCGGCUAUGGCGGGAGAUAAUAAAAGUGGAGACAUGAAAUAUAUUAUACUAACACUUAAACACAAUAUGGGGAAUGCUUUGUUGAACAACUUUAUUAAUUACUGUUAAAUUUCCAUCAACUGGUAGAGACAGGUAGUUGUUAUAAAAACAUAUAUAUCAAAAUAAUACAUUCACAUGAUUUCACAAUUCAUCGAAGUUGCUAUGUUAAUUUGAAGCAUAAUAUUAUGAGUCCUCCAGCUAGGAUAUGAAAAGAUCAGGGGGGGGGGCUUCUUUGUUAAAAGGCACUUAAGCACGCAUGUUCAUAUUAUCCCUGUGGCAUAUUAUAUUUUAAAUAUAUAUUCUGGAAGAAAGGGGCCUAAUGAAUGUGCGAAAAGUGUCGACCCAUAUGAGCCUGUGCAGUUCGCACAAGCUAAUCAGGGACGACACUUUCCACCUAAACUGGAUGUACAAUAAGAAGAAACUUACUAUGAACGAAAAAUACAAUAUAGGCUGAAAGUAUUGUUCCUGAUAAGCCUGUGCAGACUGCACAGGCGAAUCUGGGACAACACUUGAGGCACAUGCAUUAAUAAGCCCAGUUUUUUCAGAGCGCGCCAACUCAUAUACAUAUUCAUAUUCAAAGUAUUUUCAUUUAAACUAUUGUUUCUAUAAUUCAUAAAGUCUUUGGCUGUCUUUUGUGUCUAAUUUUUACAGUAAAUUGUU